AUGUACCAAAAGGUCUUUUCUCAAGCAGCUUCCUCCAUGCCCUCGUCCAUCUCGAAACUAGACUCUCGGCCAGACAUCCCUGCGAGGAUCACUGGAUGGUCAGCCUGCCCCGGUCUGAUGGGGUUGAGCAGGCUCUUUUGCGCCACCCACUCACAAUGCCCAAAGAUAGCAGCAGUCAGAAUUGGUUCCAUAAAAAAAUUGCCGAUGAAUGCGAUGAGCAAGGAUGACUGGGCCUAUAACCAACAUCUUCCAUGCAACUACUGCAACCUCGAACGUGCCAGGAAUCGCUGGGUUCCGGCAUCCAGCUUCCCGAUCGUCCCAAGGCAGGCCGAC